UUGAAUCAACGUGAUCGACAGGUGCUUCAUCAAGUCAAGAAGAGAGCUUGGUAUCUUGAUAAGGGAUGUCACUGCUGCUGCUUCAAUAUUGGGCUCGAUGGUAUCGUCGGUUUGAUACCAGGUAUCGGUGACGUUAUCGGAACUGCCUUGGCCUUGCAGCUCGUUCGUACAGCUUGUCAAGCAGAUAUACCCAAUUGGCUUAUUGCCAAAAUGACUUGGAACGUCAUGCUUGAUUUUAUGAUUGGCUUGACUCCUAUUGCUGGCGAUAUAUUGGAUAUCUUGUUUAAAUGUAAUUGGCGAAAUGCAACGCUCCUUGAAGAAUACUUGAUUCUUCGAAGAAUGGAUGAGAUCCGACUUGAA